UUCUGAUAUUAACAAAAUACUUUCUUCAUUAUUUUUUUUCGUUUCGUUGAUUAAACCAGCAAAAAAGUGACAUUAACCGCUUCUCUAAACUCAGUUGUUAUUUUGCUCUACAUUACGUCACAAAAAGAGCAGGAAUUCCAUCUCAACAAACAACAAUCGGCGUGUAUUACCUUUGUAAUAUAUUUACAAUACUUUAAUAGUUACAAGGUUAACAACAGGCAUUGUACCACAAAAAUAGAGUCGUGGAGUCAAACGCUACCUACAAUACUCGCAGCGCCCGGGGGAGGAAAUAAUUAAUGAUGAUUGGCCUUAAAUUACCCUCUCGGAACCUCUCGCCGUCCCGCUCGCACUCACGCGUGCUAUCCCGUCGAACCUUUUCGCACAAACAGGGAACCUAUAUAAGGUAGCCAGGUAAGCGCCGAAAGUAGACCCCUGUGGGACACCGCACCGUGCGCACCUGUAUCAAUCGCGAGCCAAAAUGACCGCCGAAACUUACGGACACCGACUCAUCUAUGAGAAGGACAUGUUCGCGUCUGACGUGAUGCUGGAGUAUACGACUGAGGAGUGCUACCUCAACUGGCCGCGGUCGCCUGACUCCGGCCGCUCGAGCUUGGAGCCAACACCUUCAAUCGACGGAAGCAUUAACCAGGACACUCACAUCGCGUACAGAGGAUUGUCGCGAGAGGUUCUAGAAGACAGUGCUGAGGACAACGAGGUCCUGGACUCGGGGAAGAGGAGAGGAAGGGCAACCAGUGCUGCAGUGUUGAGGAGGAGGCGUCUGGCAGCAAAUGCCCGCGAGAGGAGAAGGAUGCAGAACUUGAAUAAGGCGUUUGACCGACUCCGAGGACACUUACCUUCGCUGGGCGCUGACCGCCAGCUCUCGAAGUACGAGACCCUGCAGAUGGCCCAGACCUACAUAGCAGCUCUGUACGAGCUCCUGCAGUAAGGUAACCCCCCACCGCCGCUGUUUGCCAAAUGAGAUCACCUACAGGGAUAUUUAUUACUUAUGUUUAAGUACUGUAAUACUCGUUACCAGUUAGUUUAAUCUGCUUCAAGUUUUAAGUUCAAAAUUAACUUUUAAAGUGUCGAGUUACUGUAUCGUAUUACGUUAAAAUCUUACGCUUAUUUUUUUCUUGGUUUUGUAUAAGAUUUUUUAGCUUGUGCACAUUGUUUAAUUGUGAGUUAAAUUUUAACUUUUAGUGAAAACAGCAUUCUAAGUGUUUA